AUGUCGGUCUGUGUCCUAUUGACGUCCACGUUGAAUACCUAUGUCAACUCCCAGGUAACCACGCUUGAGAAACAGUUCGGGUUGAGCAGUUCCGAAACUGGGUUGCUGAUGGCGAGUAAUGACAUUGGAUAUAUCACCGUUGGCAUUUUUAUCAGCUAUUUUGCUCCUCGGGUACACAUUCCCCGCUUUUUGGCUCUCUCCACGGUUCUGUUUGGCAUUUCCGGUAUCAUUUGCAGUUUGCCCCAUUUUCUGUAUGGGGUGGAGCAAAAAAGUGGCGACAGUCUAUCAGAGAAUAACACUGUCGUGAGAAACAAUUUUAUUGGUCAGUUGUGUUUAAACGCUAGCCAAUCAGAGACAGAUUCGUGUGAUUCAAAUGAAGAUGGAAGCCCUAAGCCCCGUGAUCAUGCUACAGCAGCUGUGGCCAUCAUUGCCAUGGGGAUGAUCAUCCAAGGCAUCUCCAAGGCACCAAGGCAUCCUUUCCUGGUUACCUUCAUCGACGAUAAUGUUGUCAAGACCAAAACGGGCUACUAUCUCGGAAUCAUUAUCACCAUCGCUAUCUUGGGACCUGCGAUCGCAUAUUCUCUUGGCGGUCUGUUCACAAGAAUAUACGUAACACUGGAAGCAACUGAUCUACAUCCCCGCCAUCCGAAGUGGGUGGGAGCCUGGUGGUUGGGGUACAUCGUGUUCGGAGCGGCCUCCAUCUUGGCUGCCUUCCCAGUGUUCCUCUUCCCGCGCAGACUCAGAGGAGCUCCCCCACCGGAAGAGCCAGUACUAAAGAAAACAGAAGUCGUUAAAGGAGACACAAACAGACAUCAAGUCCUGAAAGAAAUUAAAAAUUAUUGCCGUAUACUGAGAAACAUCAUGACAAAUCCCAUAUACGUGUUGCUGCUUUUCUCAACUAUGAGUCUCAUCUUCGGUGUUGGAGGGUUGCACUCCUUCAUGCCAAAGUACAUCGAGAACCAGUUCGGUCUUGAAGCAUGGAAAGCAAAUCUCAUAAUGGCUGGUCUCGCCCUGUCAACGGCCUCUGUUGGGACGUUUAUCGGUGGCUGGUUGACAAAGAGGUUCAAGAUGGGACCAAUGACUGCCAUCAAGUUUACCUGCUUUUUGUAUUUCGCAGUGGUGGUUUUUUACGGUCUUGGCUUUGUAUUUGGAUGUGAACAACCAGAAAUUGUCAACACGCCAGGAUCAGCAGCGACCAGUUGUCCAUCCGGAUGUCCGUGUAAUGACCUGAAAUAUUUCCCUGUCUGUGGGUCGGACGGCCGAAACUACUUCUCCCCUUGCCAUGCCGGAUGCAGCUUCCACGAAAAAGGGACAUACACGAACUGCACGUGCAUCCCGGGGGGUGAGGCAACGUCGGGGUCGUGUGAGUACGACUGCCCUCUAGCUUACCCCUACUUCAUAGCCAUCGGUCUGUCCUUCCUGGUGUCAACUAUGGCUAUCAUGCCCAAGAUAAUAUCUGAAAUCAGAUGCGUGACGGAGGAUGAGAAGCCGCUGUCCAUCGGCGUGAUGACUGUCCUGGCGUCACUGUUUGGAUGGUUAUUGUCCCCUUUAGUAUUCGGCCGGGUCAUUGAUUCAAGCUGCCUCCUAUGGGACUCGGCCUGCGAAAAAAGGGGCGCAUGCCUACUCUACGAUAUGGCCGACUUCCGGAUCAAACUCCAUAGCCUCGUUUUGGGAGCACGCGGUGUCUCGUUUGCAUUUACUUGUUUGGCAUGUCUUGUGGCCAUAAAGACAAAGAAGUGGGAACAAAAAGAGGAAAAGGAAACGUUGAAAGAAUCGUGA